CUUUCUCUGCUUAUUCAUUCCUUAAAUUAUUAGUCUUGGAAAAUCCACUCCUACCCACCCAUUUAAUAUUCUCCUUGAAGAGUCUUUCCUUUGAACAACCACAAACACAAAAUCAAAAAGACACCCCUGCUUUUCCUUACUCUGAAAUAAAAUGGGUUUUGAUGAUAUACAUAACCCAGGCCUUGUUCUGGGAUUAGGUCUUCCAUCAGAACCAGAUCGAAGGCCAUACCUAAAACUUGAUGAUCAGUUUGAAAAAGGAUCUGAGCCAUCGCUUACUCUGACCCUUUCUGCUGAUCAAUCUGUUGACCAUGUGAAUUUGCAACCACAGGAUAGUGGUGGCGUUUCAUCACCUUGCAAUGGCAACCUGAAGAGAGAGAGAAAGGUUGCCUGUGAAGAGGAAGAGAGAGAAAGAAUGGCGUCAAGAGUUUGUACUUAUGAAGACGAUGAUGGUUCGAAUGGAAGGAAGAAACUUAGGCUCUCUAAAGCACAGUCAGCCCUUUUAGAAGAAAGCUUCAAGCAACACAGCACUCUCAAUCCUAAACAUAAGCAAGAGUUAGCAAAGGAGUUGAAGCUUAGGCCUCGACAAGUGGAAGUGUGGUUCCAGAAUAGAAGAGCAAGGACAAAGCUUAAGCAAACUGAGGUUGACUGUGAACAGUUGAAGAAAUGCUUCGAGACAUUAACAGAAGAGAACAGAAGGCUACAGAAGGAAUUACAGCAACUGAAAUCUUUAAACUUUCCACCACCUUUGUACAUGCAGCUGCCGGCGGCCACCCUAUCCAUGUGUCCAUCCUGUGAAAGAGUGGGCGGCGCCACCACUGGUCCCACCGCCGAUGUUGAUGAUAAUGGGUCAAAGAGCAAGCCACAUUUCUAUAAUCUCUUGACCAAUCCAUCAGCAGCUUGAUAAUUAAUUUUAGUAAUUAAACUCUGCCAUGACCUUUUUAUUAUUUUGGUGAUGGGCUUGUAAUGACAGUUAAGUAGUGCACUAAGUUGUAGAAAUUAUAAAUAUUAAUUACUGAUCAUGUUUACGAUCGAAGUUUUGUAAAUCUUUAAGGAAAUAUACGUGUGUGGUACUAUUAAUGAAAGAAUUGUUAUUAGUUGUCGAUAA